UGAACUCAUGAGAUGCUGCUGAUGGCGUUCUUCACACACUGUUCUAAAGAGAUACAGAGCAGUUCAAUUUUAGUUAACUUCAAGACGUUAAACUGUUUUUGCUAGGUCAGUUCUUCUGUCACUGCGUGAUUGGAUCACUGUGCAGCAAUGUCUUGCCUUCCAACUCUCUUCAAAUACGUCGACGAGCACCAGGACGAGUAUGUUGAGCGCCUGGCACAAUGGGUUGCUGUACAGAGUGUGUCUGCCUGGCCAGAGAAACGAGGAGAAAUCAAGAAGAUGAUGGAGAUGGCAGCCAAAGACAUUGAGAGACUGGGGGGAACUGUGGAGAUGGUUGACAUCGGCAUGCAGAAGUUGCCAGGUGGUGAAGAGAUCCCUCUUCCUCCAAUAAUUCUGGGUAGACUUGGCUCAGACCCAGGCAAGAAGACUGUGUGCAUUUACGGGCACUUGGAUGUGCAGCCAGCCAACAUUGAGGAUGGCUGGGACUCACCGCCCUUCACUCUGGUGGAAAAAGAUGGUAAAAUGUACGGACGUGGAUCUACGGAUGAUAAAGGCCCUGUGUUAGCCUGGUUCAACGUCAUUGAGGCCUAUCAGAAGAUUGGACAGGAACUGCCCAUCAAUAUAAAGUUCUGCUUUGAGGGAAUGGAGGAGUCUGGAUCAGAAGGAUUGGACGAGCUGGUUUUCUCUCGCAAAGACUCUUUCUUUAAGGAUGUGGACUACGUCUGCAUUUCUGACAACUACUGGCUGGGGAAGACCAAGCCCUGCAUUACCUACGGCCUGAGAGGAAUCUGCUACUUCUUUGUUGAGGUGAAAUGCUGUGAUAAAGAUCUUCACUCUGGCGUGUUUGGAGGAUCCGUUCAUGAGGCCAUGACUGACCUCAUAGCUCUGAUGGGCUCUUUGGUGGAUAACAAGGGAAAAAUUGUAGUACCAGGGAUAUACGACCAUGUGGCUAAACUGACUGAUGAAGAGAAGAAGCUCUACGAAAAGAUCGAGUUUGACAUGGAAGAAUACGCCAAAGAUGUUGGAGCAGACAAACUGCUGCAUGACACAAAGAAGUAG